AUGUCGAAAAAGACCCAAGCAGCUGAAGUCCUUGUCAAGCUUUUAGUUGGUGCUGGUAAGGCAUCACCCUCACCACCUGUUGGUCCUGCAUUGGGUGCUCGUGGUGUCAAAUCCAUGGAUUUCUGUAAACAAUUCAACGAUAAAACCAAGCACAUUGUGACAGAUACACCUUUACCUACUGUCAUCACCAUCAAGCCCGAUCGUACCUUUACAUUCGUUGUCAAAUCUCCACCCACAACAUAUUUCCUCAAGAGAGCUGCUGGUAUUACAAAGGGUGCUCAAACACCUGGUACUGAAGUCGUCGGUUCUAUCAGUUUAAAGCACAUUUACGAAAUCGCUAAAAUCAAGCAACAAGACGCCAAUUUGAAGCAUUUGUCACUGGAGAGCAUCUCUAGCAGUAUCAUUGGUGUUGCAAAGAGUGUUGGUAUUCAAGUUGUUCACUAA